AUGGAUGUAUUAUGUCCACUACCACACAAUUGUUCUUCUAAUGUUAGUGUGAAUGGUUCAGGGAUUUUUGAUGAUAAUGAUACGUUUCCUGAGCGUUUAAAAUUCAACGCCGCGUCUUUGACGGGGAUCCUUGUGUACAGUGUUUUGUUUGUAAUAGCAGCUGUCGGAAAUUUGAGUGUUUUUAUAAGUUUAUUGAGAACCAGACAUCGGAAGUCGCGAAUCAGUUUGAUGAUACGACACUUAGCUCUUGCAGAUCUGAUUGUGACAUUUAUUAUGAUACCUCUCGAGAUUGGGUGGCGAGUGACAGUACAAUGGGUCGCUGGUAAUUUGGCCUGCAAAAUCCUACUGUAUCUAAGAGCUUUCGGACUUUAUCUAAGCAGCAACGUGUUGAUAUGUGUUUCAUUGGAUCGAUAUUUUGCAGUUCUACAUCCCCUAAAAGUGACCGACGCUCGAAGACGGGGGAAAUACAUGCUGACUUGUGCCUGGACCAUGUCACUCAUUUAUUCAAUUCCGCAGAGUUUUGUGUUUCACGUUUCGUCCCAUCCGAAAUUUCCACGUUUCCAGCAGUGCGUGACGUUUGGAUUUUUCAAGUCUCCCGCCCAAGAAAUCGCAUACAAUUUAUUCUGUGUCACAGCCAUGUAUUUCGUGCCCCUUUUCGUUAUCAUUAUAGUUUAUACAGCGAUCACAUGCGAAAUAACGAGUAAAACAAAAGAUAUAAAAGAGAAUUUAAUACGAAAACCAAACUUAACACGAAGGUCGGAUAUGACCAACAUUGAAAGAGCAAGGAGUAAAACGUUGAGGCUAACGGUUAUCAUAGUCAUAGUAUUUGUAUGCUGCUGGACGCCAUACGUUUUCAUGACAGUUUGGUACAUGACUGAUCGAAAAACGGCUGAAAAGGUGCCAAGUUGGCUUCAAGAUGCCUUGUUUAUGAUGGCUGUCUCAAACAGCUGCGUAAAUCCCAUAGUUUACGGCAGUUACGCAGUAAAUUUUCGCAAGGAAAUCAGGCUGUGGUUGUAUUCCUUCAGGAAGCGUUCGUUGUUCCGACGGAGCAUCCCCCAAAAUGGAGGUAGUGUCGAAUUCACUCCUGAUGGGAGCACCUACCAACUAAAAACCCUCCUCGAGUUGGUAGAUCAACCUGGCGGUUGUGACUACCGGGAGAAGAUGGGAAACGGGAAAUCUUCUAAAGGCAUCCCCCAAAAUGGAGGUAGUGUCGAAUUCACUCCUGAUGGGAGCACCUACCAACUAAAAACCCUCCUCGAGUUGGUAGAUCAACCUGGCGGUUGUGACUACCGGGAGAAGAUGGGAAACGUAUGA